AAAUUACCGUAGUCGAAUACAAGUCAAAUUUUUUAUUUUAAAUGACGAAGAGGGUUCGCGGGGGUGAAAUGUAAGUAAACAUGAUGAAAUUCUAGGAAUUUUCUUGGAGCUAGAUAAUUGCUGAUAAGCUUGUUUAGAAUUUUGAUUCAUUCCGGUAAGAAAAAUAUCGCACCGAAUAAUUACAGCUGAUCACGAAAGAAAGUGAAAAGUAAUUUCAGAAAGCGUCUAUUCAGUCACACGUGAUACGAGUAUAUCGUUCAUUGAAUGUGUUUUGGUUGCGAUCCGUGUAUGGAUUGUGUUGCAUUGUGCUUCGUUUAUGCUCCGUAUUGAAAAUUCGAAAUGGAUAUUCGAAGAUACCUUUGUGAUUGGGAACUUACAGACGAUUUCCUCGAGCAAAUUCAAACAUUCGAAGUUUGGAGAGGAAAUGAUAAUGAAUUUGGAAAUACCAUCUUUGUCAUGAAAAACCAAGACUUUUACGCUGCUGGAAAUAUUAUCGUAUGCUGCGAAAGAGAUUCGUCGUCGGAGAACUUUGAUGUAAAAGAACAUCUUUCUGAACCGGUCAAGAUUCCUGCGUUGUGUGGCAAACGGAUUAAAAAAUUUAUACUUGGUAUCAGUCAAGUCUUCAUUUGUACCGAAGAAGGAAAAGUCUUCGGUUAUGGAUCUUGCGAUGACGAUGCCGAUGUUCACCGAUAUAUUUUACCUCGGGAAGUUGUUGAAUUGCGAGGACUGUUCGUAGUCAGCAUUGCUAUUGGACCAUCUGGAAAGAAUUUGGCUGUAAGCGAUGAUGGAAAAAUUUAUUUAUUCAAAUUUGGCGAAAAAUCGAGAUUCCUGAUAAACUCCUGCAGUCCAGGAAGUGCAAAACCGCUCAAUGUGUUUUAUAUGGCUACCGGAGAAUAUUAUAUUUCGUUAUUGGAGAACGGAACAGUAGCGAAGGCGAUCAUAAAUGACGUUGGGUUUUUGGUUAGUGAUUAUGAUGACAGUCGUGAUGAGAAUGAUUUCGAAGUGAAGACUUUUCAUUUGACUGAUCUUGAUGGAAUUAAGAAAAUGGUUUGUGGAUCCUCACACGCGCUUGCUCUGGAUGAACUUGGACGUUUAUUUGUGUCAGGCAGUAAUCAGGAAGGUGAGCUGGGACUAGAUACACCCGAAGUGCCUCAUCAAAACAGAUUUGUUCUCAAUUCAUUUUUUACCGAGAAGAUCGUUGAUAUUGCUGCUAGUCGUUUUUGUCCCCUGUCAGCUGUCUUGACUGAAAGUGGAAAAAUAUAUAUGUGGGGCAAAGGCCGAGGAGCGCCCAUUUUCAAACCUAAGCUUAUUACACCGUUUUACUCGCUCCAUGAAGUGUUCUUCCAUUAUGCAAAUCCUCUGGUAACUUAUAAACCGUUGAACGUUCACGAAUUAUCUCUUAUAAUUUCUGCACCAAUGAGAGAAAGUGAGUUUACUGACUUCGAAUUCGAAUCACUUGAACCAGACCCGGAAUCCGGUGACCUGUACAUCAAAGUGGAAAAUAGAUUUAUUUUGACUCGCACAUCAAUAUUAUUCUCACGAUGUAAAUAUUUUGAAAGAUUAUUUCAGGAAGAUCGUCGUCAAUGUCCUGAGUGUGAGGAAAAUAAAUUGAAAAGGUUUAGAGUUCUAAAUAUCAAGGGCUGUGAUUUCAAAGUCUUUAAAGCUUUUCUCAACUACGUGUACACUGGUGAAAUUGACAAUACGUUACUCUGCAACGACAUUAUAGAAUUACUCAGGCUGGCGAAUAAAUUCGAUGUAGAACCGUUAGCCGAACUUUGUGUAGUACUGAUACAGUCGAUUGUGACUGUAGAUAACGUUUCGUCAUUGUACUCUCGCGUAAGAAAGAUAAUGACAUCAGCGAAGAUGAAAAGCAUUCUUGAUAGGUUGGAAGGAUUCUACCCUUUGUGGUAUUCAAACGAUGAACUGCAAUCUCGCUCAGAGUACUUAUAGAUGAAAAUCCAACAUCUUUCGAGUGAUUUAACCAGUUUUUGAUGUUACCUAUAAAGUUAUAAAGUGCGAUGCCUCUGUCUUCAGACUGGUAAGACGAAGUCAUUGUAAUCAUGAAAUCAUGACAACUACUACCGGAGAAGUGUUCAAACCUGAUUUUAUUGUAAGAAUUUUAAAAUUACCUACUUGUAUGUAAGUAGUAGUUUUCGUGUACAAUUUUAUAAUAAUUAUUAUUUUCUAUCGAGAUAAUUUAAGCAAUAAACUCAAGUUCGAGAAAA